AUGCCAGAAAUCAAACUCAAACACGUCGUUUCUUGCAGCACCGAGGACAAUACUCACAAGGCAGACAACCUGCUGAGCUCUGAAACCUACAGGAAGUGGAAAGCAGCAAGAGCUGGGGAGAAGCAGACAUCAGUCAUUCUGCAGUUCGAGAAGGAGGAGCAGGUGCACAGCAUUGAUAUUGGAAAUGAAGGGUCGGCUUUCAUCGAGGUGCUGGUGGGGAACUCUUCAGCUGUCAGAGACCAGGAUUAUGAGGUUCUUUUGGUUAUGUCUUCCUUCAUGUCCCCCACGGAGAGCCGAAAUGGCACCAACAUGAACCGGGUGCGAUUCUUUGGGCCCAACCAGCUGCAGAAGAGCACAGCACAGGAGAAGUGGGACAGAGUGAAAAUUGUGUGUAGCCAGCCAUACAGCAAGAACAUAGCAUACGGACUGGCCUUUGUUAAGUUUCAUUCACCGCCUGACAAAAAUGAUCCUCCUCCGACAAACUCCCCGAAACUGACGAAGCUGGGGCAGUUCAGGGUGAAGGAUGAGUCCUCUACCCCUGGUCCCAGCCUUCAGCCAGGCAGUCUCUUCUUCAAUCGCGACAAUGCGGCAAAGUCCAGCACUUCACUUAAAGUGUCUCCUCAGAGUGAGAAGUUGAGUUACGCCGCUGCUGCCCUGCAGGCUGGUGGCAGCUCGUCCCACUCGUCAGGUCAAGCUUCCUCCUCCAGCUCUGCCUCACCACAGCCACCAGCCAAAAGAAAAUUUGAGUUCAGCAAAGAGCGGCAGUCUGCCUCCGGCCCUCCGCCCUCCAAGAAAAUAAGCCCAGCUGGCUCGCCUGAGGGCAAAGCUGUGACCCCCAAACACAAGCCGAGCCCAGCCGGCACGCCGAGCCCCAGCACAGCAAAAGUUUCCCCAGCACAGAGGCCACCUGACAAGAAGCGGGAGAGCCUGUCCAAACCUGAACCCAAACCCAAACCCAAGCAGCAGAAAGCAAGCACGCAGCAGGUCCCAUUCCAGCGGAUGAUGGAGGGGGUGGUGUUUGUCCUCAGCGGCUUCCAAAACCCCUUCAGAGGGGAGCUGAGGGAAAAGGCUCUGGACAUGGGAGCUAAAUACCGACCUGACUGGACGCCCGACUCCACACAUCUCAUCUGUGCCUUCGCCAACACUCCUAAGUACAGCCAGGUGAAAUCAGCAGGGGGCAUCAUCGUACGGAAGGAAUGGGUACUUGACUGCCAUAAGAGGAAACAGAAGAUCUCCUAUAAACGGUAUUUGAUGGAUGGAGCAGAGUCGAGUUCGGAGAGCGAAAUGGAAGAUGACGACCAGAGUGAAGACGAAAUUAACACAAAGACUCCACUGAAGCAGGAGAGACAAGUGACCCCCAAAAAGACACCAGAGAAGAGGAAUGAUGAUGAUGAGUAUGCCGGCUCCACUGAUGUGGAUGAACCAGGAGGUGGUGAUGAGGACUCUGCCGUGGACACUGAGGAUGAGCUGCAGAGGGUGGAGAACGAGAGCAGACAGAAGAAAGCAGCAGCAGCAGAGGGGAAGACAGUGAACCAGGAGGAUCCAUACGGGGGGUCGACAGAUGAAAACACCGACGCUGAGGCUGAAGAGGAUCACCCCAUCCCUGAGCUACCAGACUUCCUGAAAGGAAAGCACUUUUUCCUCUAUGGUAAAUUCCUUAACAAUGAGAGGCGACUACUGUUGAGAUACAUCGUUGCCUUUAACGGACUGAUUGAGGACUACAUGACAGAGAAGGUGCAGUUUGUGGUGACCAGUGAAGGGUGGCAUGACUCCUUUGAAGACGCACUGAUGGAGAACAGCAAUCUGAACUUUGUCAAGCCUGCAUGGAUUUACGCAAUAAAUGAACGACAAAAGCUGCUGCCGUAUCAGCCCUACUCUGUCGUCCCCUGAACACUGCGCUGUAUGUACACACAAAGGUGUGACUCACUUACACUUCAUAUCCAGACCAACAGGGAAAGCCAUACAUACAUUUUUUUUUACUUUUUCAGAUUCACUGCUUCACUUACAUAAAAGCAAAAAAAAAACAUUACUGUUUCAUUAAUGCAUUUCCACUGACUUUAUACUUGCUAUUCAUGAAAUGUCUUCGGUCCUCAGGUGUUUUCAACACAGAUGUUCUCACCUUUCAGCCAAGAUGAGGUCUUUUAUAAUGUGUCUGUUGAAGUAAAUGUUAGGAUAAGGUUUAGAUUUAUUAUUAGCUUUUUAUUUGAAGGUUGUUAGGUUUAGCUUUGCAAGAAAGUAACGUCUUCAUCGUCAGUGUGCUGCUCAGGCACUUUGAGCAAAGCACACUCUCCGAUUCAGGACUUGCUUGAAUUCUUUGGACCCUGUACUGCAGUUUGCUGCGGCUCACCUUGGCUACCUCAGGCUCUGUCUGGAAAUGAGUUACCAUCCUGUCCUGACUGCCAGCGGCACUGAUAAGACUCUGACAUGUGUAAGUGGGAAGACCAUUAUGAGACCAGCCUAAAGUCGGGUGAAAGGUGCCAUUUAUUUAAGGCUGCAGCCACCAAAUGCAAAAAACCGGGACAACUAACCCUACAAAUGAAUAUAAAUUCUGGGGGACUGUUUGUUUUUCUCCUUCUAUUUUAUUAAAUGCCAGGAGUGGGGAAAGUGAUGGAUUUGUUGGUGUUAAAGUUUGAUGAAUCUCAGUUUGUGGUUUGGUUUUAUUCAUGUUUGCUGAAUAAAUAUUACAAGAGAUGGACUUGCUCGACAGAUGUGAGGACGUAAAACGCACGUCAGCGUUUUGCGUCACUAGAGAUUUCCCAAAAUGCUUCUUAAGACAUGAGGAGGCGACACGAGGCUUGCUCGUCCAAAGCAGCUUGUUUAAGUCUCUUGUCUCAAACUUUUUUUUGUUCUUAACUUACUACUUAAUUAUUUUGUCUAAAUAAAAAAUAAAUUUUUAAUUGAA